AUGUUUUGGCGAAUCUGUACAGUGAUUUUCCUGGGAAGUUUUGCCCGCCUUGCCAGACAGCUGUGCCAUCAACUCCUCGGUCGCUUGUGCCUUGGAAUUGGGCUUCCUUCCUACCUCGUCCUCUGCCCAACUUGUCUGUGUUCCUCCCUGCGGCGCUCCCGUACCUCGGGCAAGACAGGUAUCGGCAAGCAUGUGCGCGUCGGUUUUCUGUUGUGGCUCAUUGCCUCAUCCCAUGUUCAUGCCGCUGGAUCGGGUCCUGCAUUUCAGCCACAGACUGAGCCAGACAUCGGCAGCUCUGGUCACUCCUGCCCUCCUGAUCCUGAAGGCUGCAUGAGGAUGACCCAUGAUGCUAUGUCACUUGUGCAGGUGCGUCAUAGUCGGAGAUUCCGUGGGGAGUCCCUCCUUACUGUUGGCACUGUACCGAGGGUACAUGGGUUGCAUGAACUCGAGGGUCCCCUCAUCAACGCCGCCGCUGGACUCCCGAACCCAGGUAACCCCGAGCCUCACUGCCUCAGGUCCAUUGCGGUCUUCGUGGCAGGACAUACGUCUGGGGGGCCGAUUCAGGUUGCGAUUGAUACGCGGCUGCACGGGGUUCAGCUGCACAGGGUCAUUCUGCAGCUUGUUGGCCUGUCAUUCCAGCUCUGGCACGUCCAUGAGCUCCAGACUUUGCUGCCCGCCUUGCCCCUGGAGCAGGUUGUUGUCAUUCCGAAUGAUGUGGCAUGGAACCAGGCAUGCAUUCCAGUUGACCUCUGUGCCCUCGGAGGUACCAUCUCGGUUGUCCGAGGGCCACGUCAGCAGCUGGCUAGUUACUUUCUUGUUGCUGCUGCUAGAAGCCAGGAUCUGGCCUUGGAUCUUGCCAAUACCGUGUGCCGCACCCGGCACGGGUUCUUUGAGCCCGAAUGUCAGGCACUCCUCCUCCACGGCAAUGACGCCCUACAAGCGUUACCGGUGUAUGCAGAAGAGUCGAGAGGCAGCCGCAGCCCUACUCACUCAAUUGAGCACCGGAUGGCGGUCAGCUCAUUCGAUGGAACUGACCAGGGUUUUGAAAUGAUUGUCAAUCCCCACGCCAGAGCUGUGAUCAUUACGCUCACCGGUCUCAUUUUCUACGACACGGACCCGUUCCAUGAUCGGGACGAGCUCCUUCGUGAAGCGUAUGAGGCGGUCGGAGAUAUUGGUCCCCUCCGCUUGCAACGGGUGUGGCCGCAUAUGCCGGGGCUGCCGCCACUGCAAUUUGCUCAAGCUGAGCAGUCCGCUCUUCAGGUCACCUAUGUAGUCGAUGCCCGGGCUAUUGGGGGUGAGAUUAGUUUGGUGUACUUGGGACCCCAGACCCCUGUUGCUGACGUGCUUAUGCAACUCCCUACCUUCAGGCAGGCAGGACCUAAUGGACCCGAGAUUCUGCGAGGAAUUCAUGAUGGUCAUUUGAGGGUCCUCCAUCAUGAGGUUGUUAUUUCUCCUGCCACCUCCCUCGAUAGCGAACCCCCGGUCUGCCUGACCCUUGUUCCUCACCGCAGACCCCACAUGGGCCAAGCUAGGGCUAGAACUGAGACCACGCAGCCGACGGCGGACACCACUUUGCCGCACCCUGGAGGUAACCCGGCUGCCCCAGCACCUCGAGUGGACCCUAGCGCCGCUGGGUGGAUUAGUCUCGGGUUACUUCGCCAAGGAUGGCUGAGGAAUGUGCUCUUAGCGGGGUACUUUGUGACAUUGGUCUCUGCUGGUCGUGCGGACAGUGAGCCUACUGACCUGACAGGCACGGCUAGAACCAUGCAUAUUCCCCGGUUUCAGCCCGACCUGGCGUAUCACGAUGCCUCAAUGCACCUCCGAUUGCAACAAGGUUUUGUGUCAGGCCUGGAGGGCGACUUCCUGCCGAUUGUCUCUGGGUAUGGCACCCUCCAUCAUGAUCUAGAGGUCAAUGCCUGUCUCUGGGCCCCGGAACAUUUUGAGGAAUUCAGAGUUCCAGGUUCUAUGUCUAGGCAUCGCCUUCGCGAGACACUCACCGAGAAAGCUAGGUCGUGGGGCCGAGGCCAAAUUGUCCCUGCAGCUACGUCGCCACAUGCUCUGGCUGUGCACUUCGUCGCUGUUACCACUGAAUCGGGACAUCGCACUACGCUUUUCGCAGCGGAUACAUCCUGCGUUUGCAUUGAUGUGCCCCGUGAAGCUCCGCAGGAUUUCCUCUUGAGACAGUGUGAAGCUAAGUUGCGAUCCGACUGUGUGCGUUUUCUGCCGAUGGCCACGCCGCUUCGGCACGGUGAUGUCAUUCGGGUCGAGCUUGACAAGGAAUUUGGGCGGGCUGAUGCCAGCCGCUUUCUUCUUUACUCUGAGAUCGCUCGGCCAUCUCGGUGGCUAGAUGUGCUCCCAUACCGUCAGAUUGCGGUUUUGACGGCUCAUCGAGGUGUGCAAAUUUUGCACGAUACCGUCACGGGCCGAAGCCCUCACGGAGCAGUUCAGGCAUGGCUUCGGGAGCGGAAUUAUGCGCCUAGGCAAGCUGUGGAGGUUUUGGAGCUCUCCAACCUGGUAGGUUUUCCAUGCUUCCAUACCAUUGUCGCUGGUGCCACUAAUGCCGUCCUGUGGUUGCAUGAUCAUUUUGGCAACCCCAACACUGGACUUGCCGUGACCGCUGUCGGUUCCUUUUCUGUUGCGGUCGACGUGCUUGAAGCGUGUGCACGCACGUCUACUUCAGCCAGGGCAGUGUGCAGCUUGGUCUCAACCGCGGAUCUCAGGACCGUCCAAACAGUGCAUGGCCUGUGUGCCCGUGGCUCGGGCACUAAAACUCUGUUUGUUCGCAUGGCAUUUGACCUGCAAGCUCUCCCUGGUGACAGCAUCUCUGUCCACCGUCAAAGGGCAACAGUCUUGCGCACUAGAAUUCCUCCCGGGAUAGCCAGAUCAGGUCGUAAUCCGCCCUCCAGGCAAGGUGCUGCUGCUACGAGAACUGCCUCUCCGGUCCGAAGCCCUUCUCCCCGGGCCACUGUCCCGGUAUGUCAUCCCUCACAUCUUCAGGAUGCCGACGGAGACCUCCCGGUCAUCCGGUGUGAAGCAGCUGAUGUGACGUGUGUUGUCCGCUGCGGUCCACACAUGCAGAUCUGGGCCUUGAAGAUCGAGGGCAGAUGGAACGGUGCUUGCACUCCCCAGGUCUCUUGGGACGCGGUUGUGUCCCUCGGCGGCCUCACUCCGUGGGAUGCUGCUGAUCUUGUUGUCACAACUGAGGACCGAUGGUGGCGGUACCCUCAAGAUUUAAGCACUGCCACGGGGCGAUGCCUCACCCUGCAUCAGACCUGUGAAAGCGGUCGGGAGGUUCCGGGGCAAGGGGCCGUCCCGUCGGUCCAUCAAGCCGCCUCGGUCGCGAGUGUUGCUCUUUGGGCUCUUGGGAAAGCCCCACUUAAAUGGCUCUCCAUCGGCUGGAUCCUUGGCGUUACCGCGAGACCUGCUCAGCAGGAGUCUCCUACAUCUGAAGAAUCCUCAAAUCCCAAUGCCACCGACAGCGAGCCUUCCCCUCCCUUCUCCACUGCUGCAGUUGAAGAUCAGAGGGACGAGUGCUGGAAUCCUCCCCUCACGCCCGCUCUUGAGGCUAGUGCUAUGGCGGCUAUGCUCCCUAUAGACCCUCAACAGAUCUAUCCGUGGCUGUGCUCACUCGGGGCUGCAAGUCACGACCUUCGGCUCUGGACCGCCAUGCGAGGGCCUGCCUUGGUCAGGUGGACCGACACUGCAUCUGAAUUUGAUCAGGCUCUCAGGCUAGGCGGCUUUUGUCCCGAGGAUCAUGAACUGUUUGCGGCUGCUGACACGGACCCGCACACGCUUGAGCUGGUGGCUGUGCCGCGAGGACAAGGCAGCUGGUGGAUUGUCCGUGACCUGCUUAGUCGUGAGCUCCUCCGACCAGUCACUUGGCUCCCCUGUGCUGGACAUAGGCUUGCGGUUACCACGAACUCCGCGGGUGAGGUCAAUGCUCUAGCCCAUCACAGCCGGCUGGCACGAUGCACGAUCCCUCCCCAAGGAGGACGGGCAACUGUUGUUAACCCGGUUGAUGGUUUCACGGCAGCGCUUGGUCAAGGGGGGCUCAUACUUGCACUUGGUUCGGCCUGGCGAACCGCACCCUUGCUGAGCACCAUCAGUUUGGCUUGUCUGCUCCUUGCGGAGCUGCCGGGGGCUUUCGGAUUACGAGCUGCCCCCAUUAGCCUCCGUCCGGGUCGCCAACUAGGCCUGGUCGCCAUGUGGUUGCUGGAUGUCGAGGUCUGGACAGGGCAAUCUAUGCAACAAACAGUCCAGAUACCACAGGUGCGAGUGUAUACCGCCAUCCGUAUUUGGAUUGUUGAUCAUCCAUCCCCCAUUCAAUUGUCAGGACCUCCUUGGCCGACUGAGGAGGAAAUUCAUGGCAUUGUUCAGCUAGGAGGUUUCGGGGUCGAGAGAGGCACCCUCAUUCCCAUCCGUGGCACGGCGGACCCAGCCAUCUAUGACGCCGCUUAUGUACCCCUGCAUUUUGGCCACUCCGGGAUAACUGCUUGCCUUGUGCAGCUUGAUGGCCGCGCUGCGGUUUUUGCUUUCGAUGCGCAACACUUCGACUGGGAUGCCUUUGGACGGUGGGUCGGGGAUGUCUUCCGCGAGGCCACCCUAGCCCAGCCAUUCGGGUUUAGGUUGGGUAACUGUGGAUACUCCUAUGGACAGGCAGUCCAGAUCAGGAAUGGUGAUCUCGUCGUUCUGCACUGUCCACGGCACCGCCACACUGCUUAUCUGGCACCUCCUGAUCCAUGGGCGCUUGAGUCCCCACCCCCUCUGCCUGCCCGGAUGCUUCAGACGGGUCCUACACGGGAAGCACCCAUCAAUGCAUACUUGGUUCCGCAGAGCACCGAGGGAGUUGGCGUAGGUGGUCACCGUAGGUGGGCCCUCAGCCUCGCCGUUGGCCCUAGCUCACUCCAGCCAGCUCUACCUGCUAGUCCUGCGAGUUCCGCGGGAUGUGGGAUUCCAACAGCAGCCGCUAUCUGCUCACGGAAUAGUUGUCCUUCCCUGCAGGCCUGCCCGUCAUUGAUCACACAACGGCAUGCCGCUGUACAAACGGAACCAGGUACGGCUACUUUAGACGAUGUCUGGUGGGCUAUCCAGGAUAUGCAAUGCCAACUUGCUGCCCUAGCUGCCCAGGCGCAUGUGCCAGCGGCCGAAGGCUUGCCCUCUGCAGAGGUUCCCUUAUUGCAAGGGCGAAGCCGAGAUGCCGACACUACCUCCACCUUCCGCGGGACCGAGAACUCCGGAUCCCUUCGGCCUGCCCUCCUUGUGCCGGGUAUCUGUCUCCUUGUCGGAGUCACUUUGCCGAAGCACUCGGCCGCACGCACGUGGCUCAUGCCCCUUGCCUUUCUCCUUCCAAUCUGGGGCGCGCCCACUCUGGCGGGGGACCGAAGUCGGUCGAGGUCUCCUGUGCCGACCGGCCGCCACAUGCCCUUCCUUCAUUCGGGAGGCCAAGGGCCCUGUGGGUCUACUGGCCAGCACCGGCACGCACAUACGCUCGGCCAUUUUCCGGGCAGACCGCUUGCUGUCAGCGUUGCUGACGACAACAGGGCGCGCACCUCUGUCCCAAUCUCGGAUGAACGACCCCUCAACUUUCUCCGGGUUGCUGACGCACCCUCCAUUCGGCAUGUGCAAUCUGUCUACCUGCAAGCGGACGCGUCUGCUGGUAUGGGAGUCCGUUUGGGAGCCUCACUCGCACGUGUUCCCCUGCGCCUGCAUGAUCCCUUCCAGCAACGGGGAUGCGCCCCUCUCUGGCUUCCAGUUGGAAGCCCGGGUCAGGCUGCUCUUGCUAAUGACUUUCUGCAGGACCAUGCCCUGUUGCGAGGAGGCCAGCGCUGGUAUGCCGCUGGUCCCUACCUCACCUGGCGCAGCGGGCAUGAGAAGGGUCAAUAUGGGGUCGAAAUCUGGGUUCACCAAGGUGCCUUUGGCGGCGACCUGCAGCUCCAAGACUGGCGAAUUGUGGCGUCCUCACCCAGGUAUUUGAUCAUCCGUUGUCAACGGUCUGCCUUCCCGGUCGUCAUCAUUUCCGCUCAUGCUCCUCACGCAGACAGACCCCAGCAAGACAUCGUUGACUUCUGGUCCGCCUUGCGACGUGAGAUCCAUGCCCUGCCUCUUUCCACCCCUCUCCUCAUUGGAGUUGACGCAAAUGCGGACUUCACCGCGGCAGACAGUGAGGGUCAGCUCAUUGGGGAUCUCGUUGACGGGCGCCCCCCACGGGAAGGAGAUCUGCAACUGCUUUCUUUCGCACAAGACCAUUUCCUGGAGGCGCCUGCCACUUGGAGCCGCUUGCAUCAAGGGCAAACCUGGACAUGGCAACACUCUUCUGGCAAAUGCAGGCGCCAUGAUCAUAUUCUGUUUUCGGCGGGCGGUCUCCGUGCGACGUCCUCGCAAUGCCUUCCGGAAUUUGAUAUCAUCAACAGCACUCUUGAUCAUGUUCCCAUCUCCUGUAGCCUCCACAUCUGUGCUGAACCAGUGGCAAAUGCACAGGACCGAAGGCGCCGCCCUAUCCCCCCUGACUCCGUUGCAACUGCAAUCGCUAGUCGUGUGUGGGAAGGUUUCUCGUACCCUGGGGAUCCCGAGAAAGCCACGGCAGCUCUUACCAAAAGGUUCCACCGUUUUGCCAGGGCGGAGCAGCGCCCCGCCCGAGUUGUACCGCGGCAACCGUACAUCUCCGAUGAAGCUCUCGAGGUCCUCACUUCCCUCAAGGAGCGACGCAGACAGCUCCGAUCCCAUGCACGAGUGUGUAGCCGCAAUUUGCUGCACUUGGCCUUCCGGAUCUGGAGCACGCCGGAUCGCCCUCGGGGUCAUGUUCGCCAAUGUGUGCGUAAUGGUCACCGCGCAUAUGCCCGCACUUGGCUGGUGGUUCUCCGCCUGAAGGAGCAUGCGCACUGGCUCGCCAGGCGCGACAAGGCUGCCCACUUCCAACAGCUCACACAGAGUGCCACUGACUUCUGGCUUGACACCGGGCGAGCCAUGGAAGCCACUCAUCGGCUGCGUUGGGCCUCCAAGCGUGCGGCCGAAAGACGGAAGGUCUUUGCUGCCGGCGGUCAUGACAUCGACGCUGACUUGCUCCGGCAGUUCCAACAACAGGAAGACGGUCAGCGUCUCACUGCUCAGGAACUGCAAGCUGAGCUGCGCAAAUCCUCUGUAAGCUCCCGUAGGCCGUGCCCCGGGGCCCUGCCGUCCCUCCUCGAUGUCGAACAUCAAUGUCGACGGCAAAAACUGCGGAAAGCGCCUGGGCCUGACCGUAUCAGUAACGGCCUGUGGAAAGGUCAGCCCGUCGCGGCAGCCCAGUGGUUGUGGAUGCUGUGCGCGGACAUUGCGGGGCAAGGGCAGGAGCCCCCCCAGUUCAAGGCGGCGCUGGUGUGCGCCUUGCACAAAAAAGGCCCAGCCAGCGUCCCCAGCAAUUAUCGAUCCAUAGCGUUACUUAAUGGUAUCGCCAAGAUUUGGCACGGGCAUGUUCGCCACUCCCUCGGACAGCAAGUUCUCGGUGCCUAUCAUCCCCUCCAGCUUGGGGGCCGUCGCGGAGUGCACACCGGCUUUGCUGUGGCAUCCUUUCGCUCGCUUGUUGCCUUGAGUGAUUUCACAGGCCGCUCGUGGUUCGCCUUGUUCCUGGACGUGCAAGCCGCCUAUUAUGAGGCGGACCGACAACUUCUGUUUGGCCAUGACCAUGGAAGAGCCCGGCAGAGAGAAGCCUCACGCCUCGUUUCUAGCCUCCUCACGGAUGGAGUCCUCCGUCACAGGGGCAUGGCUGAGGAUGUGUGUGCACUCCUUGAAGACUGCGUUCGCUGCUCCCAUUGGUCCCUGUGCGGCCACGAUGCCAUCAUCUUGGCAGGCAGAGGCAGCAGGCCUGGCGACGGUCUAGCGGAUGUGCUCUUCGGAGCAAUUUUCGCACAAAUCCUUGAUGAUGUUGAAACACAGCUUGUGUCUCUGCAGAUUGGACACCGCUCGGCCUCUGAAGCCGUAGGCGGACCAUGCAGGCCGAUUCAGAUCGCCUGGGCCGAUGAUCUUUCGGUCUUGGUCGACGCCGACUCGGCAACCCAACUUGCUGAUGAGGUCCCUGUCGUUACGCGGGUUGUAGUCGAGACUGCCGAGAUGUACCGACUGAGGGUGAACCUCGGUCCGGGCAAGACCGAAGGCCUUCUGCAUCUCAGGGGCCCAGGCGCGCCCGCCGCUCGCGCUGCUCUGCUUCUGCCAUCCCCGCAGGUCCCCUUCUCCCCCGGCCGUACCCUGCGUCUUGUGGCAGAGUACAAGUACUUGGGUGUGCCACAGACGGCACCCGACAACGGCCGCCGGGACGCCGAAGCCUCUGUGCAACGCGGUCAGGCCGCCUGGAGCCAAGCGAAUGGGCUCAUGCGCUCCCCAUCCCUUCCUGUUGAGGUCAAGGUUGCGUGGUUCACGGGCAGGGUGCUGCCGGCGGCAUACUCGAGCCUCGCCACUGCCCUUGUCAACUCCGGCCGGGUCUGGACUAUUUACCAAGGGUUCUUCGACAGAUGUCAGCGAUCCCUUGUGGCCUCCUGGUCGGUCUCACACCAUUUGACGCGUGAAGCACUCGACGUCUUGGUACCUGCUGCCACACCGCAAGUCGCCACUACUCUGUGCCGGGCGCGCCUCGCAGUUCAAAUUGCUACCGCGGCCCCUGCUGCCGUCCUCGAUCUUGUCGAGGCCUCAUGUGAGCGCGAUUUGUCGUGGACGUCCCUUCUCAAGGACGCCGUGUGCACGGUUGGCACUUUUGCGGGGCUGUCACCUGAUCAGCUCCGGGACAGCCCGAUGCGGAUCUGCCGAGCCCACGAAAGACUUCUGAGAGGCGCUUGCCGACGCUUCGGCAAAUUUGGCUCUGGGCUGCUCGCCUUCCACAGGCUCUGGCGCAGCCGCGCCAUCCGUGCGCAAACUGGCACCAUCGGACAAUCCCACCCCGUGCAGUGCCCAACGUGCGGAUGGAUAGGCCGUACUGCCCAGGCUCUCGCAGCGCAUCGGCACCGCAAACAUGGCACCCUCGCUAGAGCUACUGAGCUUUGUAAUGGUACCACCUGCAGCUGGUGUUUGCGAGACUUUCAUUCCUCUGACCGUCUCAAGUACCACAUCGCCACCUCGGCCGGUUGUCGCCUUCCCUUGGAGAUUUCUGUCGGGGCGCACCACCAAUACGGGUCGGGUACGAAACGGCGCGGCCCGCAGCAACAUCGCCGGCUGCCCCCGAUUCAGUUGUGUGGUCCUCGCAACGCGACACCGGCGGAGAGGCAAGCUUUUGACAAUGAUCAGCCGUGGGAUGCUGCCGCUCUUCUCGUCGAGUGGGAGGAGGCCCAGGCUUCGCCCGAGGUCGAGGGAACCUCACACACCGGAGCAGUUGAAUCUGAAGUUGAAACUGCUCCCGGUCUGCCUGCCUCUGCCUCUGUGCUCGCGAUUGCCCAGCUGGCUGGCAGAAGUUUCUUCUUCCAGGACCAAGGCCAGGCUCCAUCUCCCCUCUGGUCUGGCUUGCGGCGAGGAGCUGCCGGUUGGUGGCUUCCACACACAUGGCAACACCUCGCCCGGUUUUGGCAGGCCAUGGCUGAUUCCGAUGCCCUCUCGCCCGCAAUCCUGAUUGGUUACCGGGCGGCCACCCGCUCCCUAGCGACUGGCCACGAUGUCCCAGCUCAUUGCCCUGUCUCUGGGGUAAUCUCCGCCACGGGCCCUGAGCUUCUCCUGCGGCACACCCUCACUUUUCUGCACCUGGCUCGUCUGGUGCCGUUGGGUCAUGCCCUGUGCUCUGAUGUUCCACCCAGCAGUUCUCUUCGCGCGGCUUUGGGUUGCAUUUGCCCGGAUGCCGCUUGGUCUCUCACUGUCGUUCGGGAUCAUCCUGCUUGGAUUUUCGCCUCUCUCGGUUCCUCCCUGUCGCGGCUUGCCUUUCUUUUCCGGCAUCCGCCCUCUCCUCUGGCUUUCGCGGCUCCCCAUCAGCUGUCUUCCUCUUGA